UCUGGGUGCAACUCCACCGCAAGUGUCUUCACUGCAAGUGUCCUCUUAACCACCUCCCUCUUCAAUCAAUUAAUCUCAAUGGCGGCUGCAGCCAAAACGACGAUGGCGAUAGUGUAUGAUAAGUUUCUCAGCGACGACAACUCCAUAUUGAACGCCAUCAACCCUACGCACACCCACGACGGAAGGAAAACGGCAAUUAAGCCCCUGUUAUCCGUCGCGGCAAAAAUACUGAAAGAAACUGGAAUUACUACUCUGGCUCAAGAAGUACUGCUAGAAGACAAUAUUAAAACCAUCGAACCACUGACGUCCACCAUCCACACCGUCUCUUGCAAGCUCGCCUGCGAAUGCUCUGGAGUCGAUCAGCAUGGUGGAGCGAUGAGGAUUUUUAAGUUGCUAGGAUGUUACGAUUGGGAUGCAAAGGUGAUGAUAGCGCUGACAGCAUUUGCUAUGAACUAUGGCGAGCUUUAUCUGCUUUCCACGGCAAAGACAUCUCUUUCAGGAACCUUGGCUGCCUUAAAGCGGCCGCCGCGAAUUACUGAAAAUAUACAAGUCCUCAUCCAAGCAGUUACAAAGCUUUCCAAGUGCAUCACUGAUGUCACUUGUUACCCUUAUCACAUAUCAUCCGAUGACAGCCUUGUUCUUCUUGAGUGCAAGUUCGCUUUCCCUAUUGCUGCCUACUGGAUUAUUAGAAGCCUUGUUGCCUGUUCCAGUCACUUUACUUCCUUCACCGAUGAACCGAAUAAUGGGAGUUUCACCGUAGACACCGUCUACAUCUCAUUUCUGGUCGAAGGAAUCGACAACCUUUACAAUCGUAUCAAUGCACUACUUGAAAAAAUUGCGUACCGGAAAUAUCUACAGUCCUAUUUAAAUAUAACGGUUCUCUUUGAGAUCGUACAAAAGACUACGUUACAAAUUUUGGAGGGAAUACACAACUCCGAGGAUCUCAAACCACUAGUCCAUCGUGAGAAGGGGAGCGUAACUCUUGAGGAGGUGCUUACGAAAAAGACUGUCAUGUUGUACGUCUCGGAUCUCAGUACCAUUACAAAAGCCGAGGAGCUAGCGAUGUUGAAGGCGAGAUACAUGUCACAAUCUCAUCAACAACACGAGAUUGUUUGGCUACCUAUCAUAGACGAUUAUACUGCAGACAUGAAGAAGACUUUUAUUGACUUGGUGACCGACAUGCCAUGGUAUGCGCUAAACCCAGUGUGUCUUAAACGAGAAGCAAAGCAAUACAUAAAACAGAAGUGGAUGCACGAAAAGAAGACGUCAUUGGUGGUGCUAGACCAAGGGAAAGUAGUGUGCCACGACGCCCUCCACAUGGUGCGUAUUUGGAAAAAACUCGACUUCUCCUUCACCGUCGAAGAAGCAAAUAGUCUUUGGAGGAAGGUUUCAUGGAAGCUCGAUUUAUUUGAAGAUCAUUUUGAUGCCGCUACCAAAGAAUGGGUUAGGAAAAAUAACAACAUUUGCCUAUACGGAGGGAAGGACCUCAAAUGGAUAAGAGAAUUUACCACAGAAUUUAAGCGAGUCUCAGAGAUUACCAAAACACAAGUAAAGAUAGUGUACAUCGGCAAGCAUGUGAAGGAGGUGAUGAAUCAAGCGAAAGCAGCUAAAUGCAUAGUGGAUUGUUGGGAUGAGGCCAAGAUUCGUUCAUUCUGGGAACACCUUGAGAGUAUGUGGCAUUGCAAGAUGCAACACCAAAGCAACACCAGUAAUAAUGAUGUCAUCUUGCAGGAGCUCAUGAGGAUGAUAAGCUUCGGUAACAGUGAGGAGGGGUGGGCAAUAUUUAGCGAAGGAGCAUCAUCGAACAUUGUCAAGGCCCAUGAGAAAGAGCUUCUUACAUGCCUUCGGGAAUGGAAAACAUCUAAAGAAGAAUUUUUUGUGGAACUAUCAAAAAACUUCAGUAAUAAUAUAACACUGCCCACUGAUCAUCAUUGCAUUAGCUUCGUACUCCCUAGAGAUGCUGCCAACUUCAAGGAGGAGAUGCUUUGUGCGCAAUGCCAGAAGCCAAUGGAGAAGUUUGUGCUCUAUCGCUGUUGCAAAUGAUUGGGCAAAGAGUACGUUGAAAACUUUAUCUAUGCAAGUUCUUUGUGAUUGUGAGUUUACCUAAAUAAAAUUGGACAUUGUUCUGUCCAAUCUAGAUGGUGAUAGUGUGGUGAUGCUUGUUUGAAUUCAAAGUUCUUGUCCGUUGUCCUUAUCCUAGUCCAA